AUGGGAACGCCGGAGACUUCUCGAGAACCUUGCCCAGAUCGAAUUCUAGACGACAUCGGCGGCGCGUUCGGCAUGGGCGCGGUAGGCGGCUCGGCGUUUCACUUCUUGAAAGGCAUCUACAACUCUCCCAGAGGCGAGCGUCUCAUCGGCGGCUCACAAGCUGUGCGUAUGAACGCGCCGCGAGUAGGCGGCAGCUUCGCCGUCUGGGGAGGUCUCUUCUCCACCUUCGAUUGCACAAUGGUCUACGUCCGCCAGAAGGAAGAUCCAUGGAACUCUAUCAUCGCCGGCGCAGCCACCGGAGGAUUCUUACAGAUGCGUCAGGGGCUCGGCGCGGCUUCACGGUCGGCUCUGAUCGGUGGAGUUCUCUUGGCUCUUAUUGAAGGUGCUGGUAUUAUGUUGAAUAAGUUCAUGAGUGCUCAACAAAUGCCUCCGAUGGUGAUCGAAGAAGCUAUGCCCAAUAUGGCUGGUGCUGGUGGGCCUAGUGGGCUAGGGUUUCAAUUGCCGAAUAAUCGGGCCCAACCAGAAUUGUCGGCGUCGUCAUCGUCAUCUUCACCGGCAGCGACUUCGAGCUGGAUGUCUUGGUUUGGAGGUAAGAAAGAGGAAGAGCAGAAGAGUGGUGGUGUGAAUACCGAGGUUUUGGAGAGUUUCGAUUCGCCAAUGCCACCGACUUUCGAGUUCAAGUGA